AUGCCAGCCACAGCUCCGGCCUUUGCGUCAAGAAGCGCAUUUUCCUUCAUGUCUGUAAAUAUAUCCAAAACAACACGUUCUGGUCUAACAAGGCGAAAACAGCAGCAACUACAAAUAAGGUCAUGCUUGAUAAUGCGACCAGCUACUUUACAACUGCUUUUGGCAGCUUCAUCCUAUUUACUGAGUUCCGGUUCAAGCGUUCCCGCCUACGGAAGCAUACACGUAAAGUGCAUCCCAUCAGUGACUAUUGUAAUGGAUCGCAAAACAACGGCUCUUAAAGGGAAUUUCAGUCAAAUGCGACCAGCAAUCAAAAUCGAAACACUGGCAGGAAAGCGAGCUGUUGAUCCAGAGACCUAUUUGUUCGACUCGGACUCUUCAAAUGGACCUUGCUGCCGAAUUACCCGUAGACGACAAACUUCGGAUUUAGUAAGGGGUGCAGUCAAAAAGUUAACCUAUGUCAAUGCUAAAGCAAGUGCUAUGGAAGCAGUGUUGUUUUCGAAAGAGGAUGAGAAAUUCAUGGAGCGAGUAGAAAAUGCAAUGAAGCUAGCAAGGAUG